AUGACUACCCGUACCAUGCACGACAUUUCCAAACCUAGAAAGUCUUUUAGUUUUUCGGUCUCUAUUGAUGACCCGUCCAUCUCACCCUUGCCUCGUAACCCAAAACAAGCCUUAUCUGAUCCCAAUUGGAAGUCCGCUAUGCAGUCUGAAUUUAAUGCUCUUAUUAGAAAUAAUACGUGGGAGUUGGUUCCCCGUCCUUGUGCUGUUAAUGUUAUUCGCUGUAUGUGGAUUUUUCGCCAUAAAAAGCAGUCUAAUGGUUUGUCUGAGCUUUAUAAGGCUCGUCUUGUAGGUGAUGGCAGGUCUCAGAUUGCAGGAGAAGAUGUGGAAACAAUGAGCAAAUCAAGGGAGAAAGAUAUGAAUUUCGAAUCCUGGAACAAUCUGGAUUUAUUUGCGCCAAUUCUGCACCAAUUUCCUCUUGCAUUUCGCGCAGACGCGCCAAGGAAGUAG